GCAGAUUCGUGACAAAACCUAUAAUGCCGUACCCCGCUCUUACGAACACUUCGGCGCCUACUCUAAGUGUGGGACUUCGAAACACUUGGUACCUUUGCGAACGGGUAUGCAGAAAUUCAAAAAGUCACUUCGAGCCCUGAGGGGUGGUGGCAGCGCCGUGAUCGAUCAGGACACUGCACAGCGCGAACCUCUACAAGAGCCCUCGAAUACUUCCGGUGACGAAGUUUCGGAAACCAGCAUAUAUCCCUACCAGCCUCUCCAACAUGGCAAGCACAUCCGCCUGCUUUACCUCAGCUCUGAUUCAACUGCAUCUUCCUCCGCUCCAGACGACCUGAUGUCGGAUCGACGGGUUAUUUACGCCACCUUGAAAAGCGUCGAGUUGAACCUUGAUGGUUCAAGCCCUCAAACUUACAGAGCUCUCUCGUAUGAGUGGGGGCCGCCGCCGGAGGAACAUACAAAUCUCCCAACGAUCAACCUCGAUGGCCAUACGGUCCCUGUUCGUCAGAAUCUCUACGACGCCCUCAAGGCAAUUGUCCGUGCUGGUUUUGACAAGAGUGGUGAUGCACCUAUGCCGCUCUGGGUGGAUGCCUUGUGCAACAAUCAGAGUGACGAUAAGGAGAAGGGCCAUCAGGUGGAGUUGAUGAGAGAUAUCUUCGCGGCUGCCGAGACGGUGUUGGUGUGGCUGGGGAGACUAGGGGAGGAGGCCGAGGAGGCGAUGAAAAUAAUGAGCAACCCCCCGGAUUCGGCGGACGGAGAAUUCUUCGAUGAGAGUCUUGGUCUGAGUUUCGCAGACGCGCUGUCAAGGAUGGGUAUAACGACCCCGAAACAACAUUCUAUCAUGCCAGUCAUCCUACCGAGAACCGACUGUCGUAUUAAUUGCGGUCGUUAUCAUUAUCGUCGUUUGUUCGAUGGUUGGUACGAGAUAUGCAGGCUGCUACAGAUUACCAGAAUAAAGAGGCGAGAGAGUUCCAUAAUCUUGCAGGAAAACAAGGCCAGGGCUAUCUUUACUAACACUCGCAAAGUGGCUAUGGGGCUUGCGGCGCUUUGUUGCGCGUCGUAUUGGCGUAGGGUGUGGAUUAUUCAGGAGUUUGUGGCAGCGAGUGACUACGUCAUUCUAUGUGGCAACUACUUCGUGACGAAGAGGAGGUUUGAAAAGGUGCUGGAUCUAACGGUCACUAAACCAAUGGCGCGUGGCCGGGUCUAUUGUUCUUGGCUUGGGUUUUCCAAAACCGAUCAUCCGACGCAUCGGGCUUUCUGGAGCCCAUCACUUCAAAUGAUCAGUUUGAGAGAAACGAAGAUGAAAAGUGCAAAGACGAGACUUGCGGAGUGGGUGAGGUUAUGUCUGGACAAUAAGUUUCGAGCGACAGAGCCGAGAGAUUACGUUUAUGCCUUGUUGGGAAUAUCGGACGACUGUACCGGGAAGAUCACGCCCGACUAUACUAAGUCGGCGAGAGGUGUCCUUAUAGAUGCCGCUUUUGUGAUGUGCCCCCCUCACGAUCCUGGUUCGGGAGCGAUGCUUGAAGACAUCUUUGCAAAACUCGCGUGGAUUUAUUACAAUCGAGGGCUGUGCGAAGGUUAUGCGAAGUUAAUGGGGUUAUCCUAUGCAAAUGGGUAUGUGGCUUCUAUGGUCACAGCGAGUACACAAGGUGCGUUUGGGACUACUAGUCUUUUGAUGGGUAUGGCUUACGGUGCAGCUUUAACUGCAGCUUGGUAUAAACCACUUCAUUUCAAACUCCCUUACCGCCUCCUUGAGCUGGCGAUAGCCUCCUUCCUGGAGAACCCGUCAGUCCCGAUAUUUAUAGUCACGAAGAUUACCAAAAGACACCUUGAACCCCACGAAUUCGUUCACUGUUCCGAGGAAACUCUGAUCAUCAACAAAUCGCUCCUCAAUAUUUGGCAUCGAGCUCCGUAUAGAACCCGAGUAAGACCCCGCUGCCUGAUCGUCUCAUCAAUACAUACAUAGCCUGACAAUUUCAACACCAGAAAGAAAGUCAUACAAGUCUUUUCGCAACUUAGUCUUUGUCUUGAAGAGGACUACAAUUUCACGGCAAGGCUUCUAUCUCCGCAGGCUUUCAUCAUCGUGAAAAAGGCUUCAUGCCGAAAGCCUAUCAAAUCAGCAAUACGACCCAACCCACUCAGCCAUUAACAGCAUGAUAGCAUGAUAAACAUCAGCCACACAAGCAACUGUGCAUAUUUGGCUUACGGAUAGUGAUUGGCUCGAUCUCUGUCCCUAAGUGACCUG